AUUUGACGUUGACUUGUAAUUGUUUACAUUAAUAUAAUAUCAAAAUAUACUUACAAUAAAAGUUUAUAUUCUAUUAGAAGUACUAAUAAAAAGCUUUAACCAUGUUAAGAAGGCCUCCAACUAGUAUUGAACUAAAACUGGAUGAUAUAAGUGAAUAUGAGGAGAUGAAACAAAAUAAGGAAAAACAACAAAAAUCAUUCAGUCCACCCGUAUGGUCGGUAGCUCCUAAAACGAAUAAAGAAAUCUAUGCCAGAAUUGGAUAUGUACCUCCAGAACAUGUUCAACCACACACAAAUUUGAUGUGAAUGCAAAUAUAGGAAUCUUUUGUGAUUUUAUUUAGAAUUUUUGACUAAAUGCUGUUCAUACAUAUGUUUAAUAAAAUAUUUAUUUUGUA